AUGUCCCCUGGUGACACGGCAGCUGACCAUGCAAAGAGACAAAGCAGCGAUGUGAGCUCAGGCGCUCUGCCUCUCAGCUCGGGCGAGCAGCAGCAGCAGCGUGAUGAGCAGCGAUCCAACGACGCCGUUCCUCUCUCCACCAGUCACGUUCCUAUCUCCACCAGUCACAUGUCGGCUGAAGCGGGUCCUUCCCGAUUGCGUUCCGUCGGGGGCGAUAGGUCCUCCUCCCCUCAACAAAGCGCAACGCCGAAAGCACCGACGAAACGGAGGAGAUUGGAUGCGGAGCUCGCCUUUUCAAGCCCAGGUCCAGCGUUCCAGGUCCAGCAGCAGGAUGGGCAGGCUCAGCCGGACGACAGCAGCGAAGCAUCUGGAAGGGCGCGCCGUCCACGACGGAGCACGACUCUGGUGAAUGGAAGCAGCGAUGCAAGGCGCAGUCGACCGUCAGCGUCCGCUUCAACGCAGGAGGAAAAGAACACAAACGAUGCAGCACCUGCGCUUGAGCUUGAAGAAUCAAGCAAACGCAAUCACAGCAAAGUGGAUCCGCCAAAUGAAGUCGACGCGUUCGAUUCCACCGUCACUACAGUUGGCCCCAGUCGCUCCAGAUCCAGCAGCAAAGCGACAGCAAGACCGGAAUUCGAGCAAGAACAAGUAGAGCAAGAAGAGGUCCUUGCGCAAACACCUGUUCUCACUCGUCCCAAACCAGAGAUCACGCCUCUUACUGCGCUCGAUCCGCAAACACCCUUGCAGGACAUCCUCGAACGCAGAAGAAAGGAAAAAGUCGCGCUCGCGCAGUCCCACCUUGAGGAUGUUCACGACGGCCACGAUAUGCUCGUCAGAGAGCUCUUCCACCUCUCCAAGUUCGUGACCAUGGUCGGCUACGAUCCCGACGUCGCUCGCAACGAUCAGAGCGAUGUCUUCACCACCUUCAAAUCCUCGCAUGACCUCAGCUUCAGUCUUGACGAAGCUGGGUCCGGCGCUGGGUCAUCGACAUCGGGGCGUGUCACUCGUAGAAGAGUCAACGCGAGAUUGGAGAGUCUUUCCCUCAAACGUCCACAGCCUCCAAGUACUCCAUCGACACCCACUGAUUCAAAAGCCAAAGCGAACGGGAAGGUUCGUGCUCCAGACAGCAGCCGCGGCAGGAGGUCUUCCAGCGUCACAAAGUCGCGCGUCGAUGGAGCCCGUGCAUCAGACAGCGAAGGCAGUGGCGAAGAGAACGGAGUGGACGCAAGCGAGGAGGAGAUGGUAUUAGACGUCGACUCGGACAACCGCGGAAAGAAAGGCAAGGGGAGGGCAAAGACGACCGAUCUGAGGCGCAAGGGCUCGACCAAGCGAGCUCGACUUUCUCCAGCCACACAAAAGCGACAGCUCUCGGUGGACGAUGAGGCAUCCCUCGAUGCGCCGGCCAGGCGGCCUGGUCCUCGUAAAAGCAAAGCGCUGGAUGAGCUCGAUGCUUUCAUUCUGCGACAGCGUCCUCGCCCACUGCCCGACCAUCCACCACCACUGCACAUUCUCGCUCCACACCAAGUGCCUGCGCUUCGACGCUUUGGCGGCAACAUGGAGGCAUUGCUGGACUCGUUCGACUUGUUGCAUGAUGGCGAACCAAACGUCGAGGACGACGACCUGCAAGCAUAUAUCAAGCUCGAUGAGAGAUGGCGAGUUGGUCUGCCCAUCCAUCCCGAAGCCGGCUCGACGACACGCCACGUCGCUCACAAGGCGCCUCGCACCAAAUCGCACCACGAUCAUCUCAUGGAGACCGUCGCGGCCAGCUACAGCCAGAUGCGCCAAUAUGCUCGCCUCAAGCAGCAAGGCUCUCGCAAGGUGGCUCGCAUAGUCGCACAGCACUGGGAACGCCAGCUCGGAACCUCGGAUCGAGAGAAGAAGGCUGAGGAGAGAAGGACCCGAGCAUUGGCCAAGUGGACAUUGCGUGAAGUGCUCAAGCAGUGGAGACUGGCCGUCAAUGUCGUGCGAGCGAGAAAAGCGGCAGCCGAAAAGGCCGAAAAGGAGAAGCUGGACAAAGAGCAGCUCAACGCGAUCCUCGAACAGAGCACAGCCAUGCUCAAGAAGCAGCACACCGCAAUGACGCGCGCCGACAGUCUUAUGGACAGCGAGGAGGAGAGCGAUAGAACCAGCUACGGCAGCGACGAAAGCGUAGGGGCGGACGACUCCGACCUCGAGGUUGAUGUCGAAGAGCAGGAGGUCGAUGUCAGCGAGGCUGAAGAGGAGCAUGGCACCGAAUCGGUUCUCGAGACGUCGACACCGGUGACGCGAGAUCAAUCAAUCAUCUCCACACCUGCUCCCGAUGACACUGCAGACGAGGAGGCGAGCAAGCCCAACGAUGCAGUCACGGCGAAUGGCCGCGCCUUCAGUUCUGCCGAACCUCGAUCCUCUCGAAGUCAACGUCGAAGCGCCCGCGCUGUUACUGGCGCAUCGUUCAAGGCGAAAGACGCCAAGCUGGAUGCGGACGACGUCGAGUUUGAUCUCGCUGCCGAUGAUGGCGAACAGGAGGACGCCGAUCUCGAGCGUCAGAUGUGGGAGGAGGACGAGGAGGACGACAGCGAGGAUGCAGGGCUCGAAGCGGAUGCCAAUAUACCCAUCGAAGAGCUGAUGAAGCGGUACGGAUACGGACAGAUCGCGGAUGAAGGAGAGGAAGAUGACGCAGCCGGUGACGAUGUCGCCAGCGAUGCAGGGGAUGCUGCAGCCGACGUCACGGCGAAGACCGAGGAUGCAGAGGACGAAAGCAGGCAUGUUGUCGAGGCAAAUGGCGUUUCAGAUGAGGAGAUGGAGCUCGACGAACGCGACACCUCGAAAGCGGACGCCCUACUCGAUCAGGACCUCAGCGAUACAGAGUCAGCCGCCACCAGCGGUCGUCGCAGCAGUCGUCGCUCGAUGACGCGUGCGUCGUCCAUCGUUUCUUCUGAUCGACUCGCCGCUCGGUCGCGUCAGCCCUUCCUGCUUCGUGGUCAGCUGCGCCCCUACCAGCAGAUUGGCUUCGAAUGGCUGGCCAGCCUGUACGCCAACGGCGUCAACGGUAUCCUCGCCGACGAGAUGGGUCUCGGCAAGACCAUACAGACCAUCUCGGUACUCGCUCACCUCGCCUGCGACAAGGGCGUCUGGGGUCCGCAUCUCGUCGUCGCCCCGACCAGUGUCAUGCUCAAUUGGGAGGUCGAAUUUAAGAGGUUUCUGCCGGGCUUCAAGAUCCUAUCGUACUACGGCAGUCAGAAGGAGCGCAAGGAGAAGCGUAUCGGCUGGAACACGGAGAACAGCUUCAACGUCUGCAUCACGAGCUACCAGUUGGUGCUAGCGGAUCAACACAUCUUCCGACGUAAGCCAUGGGUCUACCUUGUGCUGGACGAGGCGCAUCACAUCAAGAACUUCCGAUCGCAACGAUGGCAGACUCUGCUCGGGUUCAAUUCGCAGCGUCGCCUGCUGUUGACCGGCACGCCGCUGCAGAACAACCUGAUGGACCUAUGGUCGCUCAUGUACUUCCUCAUGCCACACGGCGCCACGGAGCUCCCCGGCGGGGGAGCAUUCGCAAACAUGAAGGACUUCCAAGACUGGUUCUCCAAUCCGCUCGACAAGGCCAUCGAAGGCGGCACGUCCAUGUCCGAGGAAACGCGCGAGAUGGUCCAAAAACUUCACGCCGUCCUCCGCCCCUACCUCCUGCGUCGCCUCAAAAGCGAAGUCGAAAAGGAGCUCCCCAGCAAGUACGAGCACGUCAUUACCUGUCGCUUGUCCAAACGUCAGCGGUUCCUCUACAACGACUUCAUGUCUCGCGCCAAGACUCGAGAGAGUCUGGCGAGCGGCAACUACCUCAGCAUCAUCAACUGUCUGAUGCAGCUGCGCAAGGUGUGCAACCACCCAGACCUGUUCGAAGUGCGACCGAUCGUGACGAGUUUCGCCAUGUCGCGGUCGGUGGUGGCGGACUACGAGGUCAAGGAUCUGCUCGUGCGCCGACGACUGCUUCAGGACGAUCUCUGGGACAAGGUGAAUCUGGACGUGACCAACUUCAGGAUCACAGAUCGAGAGGAGCAUCUGACGGCAAUCGAGUCGCGCGACCUGCGCAAGUUGAACGCGGCCAAGAAGCUACCUUAUUUCAAGGACGAAAUCCCUGAAGCGUCGGCGCUGGACACGUGGACGCUCGAAGGAUUCGAGCGCACGCGUAAGCAGCGCAAGCUGGUGGGCGAGAUGGAAUCGUGGAAGCACAAGGCGUAUCUCAACCAGUAUCGAUGCACCAAAAAGCCGAUCUAUGGCUCGGGGCUGAUCAGUAUCUUGCGCAAGGCAGGCGAGGCGACGCGCCUGGAACCGCUGGAACAGCACGAUUCGGAUCGCAAGAACUUCCUCGGUCGAUGCGAUAACCUUUUGCGCAUCGUCCAGUCCCGUUCGACGCGGCUGGAGAACAUGCAACCUGUCAUCGACCGGUUUGCCUUUGUCACGCCGCGCGCUGUCGCAACCGACCUUCCUCGAUGGGCACUGCCCGGCAUCGAACCCCACCAACACCCAUCGCUCCUCGAGCCGGCCUUUGACACACUCCAUCCGGUCGCAGUGAAGCUCCACAUCGCCUUCCCCGACGCCUCGCUCCUCCAGUACGACUGUGGCAAGCUGCAGCAGCUGGACAUCCUCAUGCGUCGCCUCAAAGCGGGCGGGCACCGCAUCCUCAUCUUCACGCAGAUGACGCGCGUGCUAGACAUUCUUGAAUCCUUCCUCAACUACCACGGCUAUCGCUACCUCCGACUGGAUGGCGCGACGAAAGUGGAACAACGACAGGCGUUAACCGAAAAAUUCAAUCGGGAUCUGCGCAUCAGUGCCUUCAUCCUGUCGACCCGUUCGGGUGGGUUGGGGAUCAACCUCACGGGAGCCGACACGGUGUUGUUCUACGAUCUGGACUGGAACGCGGCGAUCGAAGCGCAGUGUAUGGAUCGCGCGCAUCGCAUCGGUCAGACGCGCGACGUGCACAUCUAUCGCUUCGUCACGGAAAGCACCAUUGAGGAGAACAUGCUCAGGAAGGCGAAUCAGAAGAGGUUGUUGGACAGCGUGGUGAUCCAGCAGGGUGAGUUUAAUACCGAGACGCUGGCGAAGCGGCUGGAUUGGCGGGAUAUGCUGGAUGAAGGAGGAAAAAUCGCGGGAGUCGAGGUGGUGGAGGGCGAAGGCGGGGUGAGUGGACGGGAGGUGGAGAGAGCAUUUUUGGAGGCGGAGGAUGAGGAGGAUAGGACGGCUGCGGUCAAGGCCAGGGAGGAGAUGUUCGUUGAUGAGGAGGAGUUUGACGAGCAACAGCAGGGGAGGAAGGAGACUGAGGAGACACCUGUGCCUGGUGGCGGUGUGGCUGAAGAGGUGGCCGACGAAGCGCAGGGAGGGGAGGAGGAGGAGGACGAGGACGAGGGAGGCACCAUCGACGAUUACAUGCUCGCCUUCGUCGAGCGCGAGUGGGAGUUCUUCGCAUGA